AUGGAAAAUCUUAAUUUUAAUGUUGAAGUUUUUAAUAGCUUUACAUUUGAGCAAACACCACAAGGAAACAUUAAAUGUCCAGACGAAACUUGUGAGUUCUUUGUGGAAAUUAAUGAAGGACAACGUAAUCUAACAAAAGAACAAAAACAAAUAAUGUGGUCACAUGUCGAAAAUUCACAUCCAACUUUAUUUCAAAAAUUGUUUGAAGAGUAUGAAAAAAAAGAAUAUAUACCAAGAGAAAAAAAAAGUGAACGUAUAAAUGAAUUAAUCCAUAAUUCAAAUGGAAAAAUUAAUGAUUUUUUAUUAAAAUAUGCAUUUACUCUAAUGGGUGAUCAACAAUUGUACAAAUUAAUUUGUGAACAACAUAAAAAAUUGCAACAGCAAUUAUAUGAAGUAUUGAGUUCUUCGUCUUCGUCUACUGAACAACAACAACAACCAACAAGUUUUGGUGCUCUUUGA